GGGGGCGGGGCCUUGGAGUGGCGUCCUCUUUGGGCAGAGCCCCAGCCGCUGCUCUCAGCUAGCCCCGCCCCCAGAGGGCACUCGCUGGCGGAGCGGGGCAGGGACUCUCAGUGAUCGGAAGAGCCAUGACUUAGCCUCCGGGGCCGGAGUGUGAGUUCAUCGAGGGCGACCUCUCCUUUCCACCUGGCCGGGGUGGAAGAGGCGACACCGAUGGCGGUCCAUGGAGCGAGUCCGCGCCUCGCUCCCAGGCCUCAGCCAUUUCUGGGGUUAGAAGGGACGGAGUAGGGCGAACUGCAUUUCCCAGGAUUCCUUGCCGUGUUGUCUUACUCCGAUCGGUUCUGGGACUAGUCGCAGAAGGAGCAUGCGCAGGGCUAUGGCCCCUCCCGUUCUGCCCUCCUACCUUGCGGCCGUUUUACAUAAGGAGCGCCCGAGUGAGCGGGGAGGCUUCCGCACACGCCGCUCAGGAUGGCGGUCCCAGCAUAGUCCACGUGGGCCUCCGUUCUGCUGUCAUCAUGCUGUGACCAGGCUCCAUUUCCCACGGGGGCCCACGGCGCCCAUUGCAUUCUGGGUAGUGUAGUUCAGGCGCUCCGUGCGCGCAGGCUCAGUGCGUGGGGUCAGGCUUCCGUGGGGGAGGUAAAUGCGCAUGCGUCCUAGGCUCUCACGGCCUGAGAGCAGCGGCAGCCCCGCUGGAGGCCGCGGAAGUCCUGGGAGCGUAGGGAGCCCUGCCUUCCCUGGGCUGACCUUCUGCCAGCAUGGAGGAGGAAGAGGCCAAAGCCAGGACUCUGCAGACCACUGGGCCCCAGGAAUCGGUGACAUUCUGGGAUGUGGCCGUGUACUUCACCUGGGAGGAGUGGAGCCACCUUGCCCCUGCUCAGAGGGCCCUGUACAGGGAGGUGAUGCUGGAGACCUUUGAGAACCUCGUUUCCCUGGGGCUUCCAGUUUUGAAACCCUCUGUGAUCUCCCGAUUGGAGAAAGGAGGCGCUCCGUGGAUGCUCGAGGGAGAGGUCCCAAGAGACCCUGACCCAGAGUCCCUUUGUCAGGAACAGCGACAUGACACCAAGGACCUGCCUGUGCAUCAAGCCAUUUGCUUGACAACAUCCUCCCGGGAGAGACUGCAAGAGGAAAUGAUUCAUACUGAUGAGGAACCUUAUAAAUUUAAAGAAAAUGAGAAAGCCUUCCAUCAUUUGGGAAGCCCUAAUGAUUAUCAGAACAUUCAUAGCCAAAAGAAACUCCCUCUUUUUAAUGAAUCAGGGAAAGCUUUUCUUCUACAUGAGAAAGCACAUGUUGGGAAGGAACUCUUUAAUUCUAAUGAAUGCGACAAAGCCUUUCAGUGGGAGUAUAAACUUGGUGCACAUCACAGAAUUUAUACUGAACAGAAACUCUUUGAAUGUAGUGAAUGUGGGAAAAACUUUAGCCAAAGGUCAUCCCUUAUUUCACAUCAGAGAAUUCACACUGGCAAUAAACCUUUUGAGUGUACUGAAUGUGGGAAAGCCUUCUACAACAAAUCUCAGCUUACUGUGCAUCAGAGAAUUCAUACAGGAGAGAAACCCUUUGAAUGUAAGGAAUGUGGGAAGAACUUUAGCCUGAAGUCAUCACUUAUUUCACAUCAGAGAAUCCAUACUGGGGAAAAGCCCUUUGAAUGUAAUGAAUGUGGGAAAAACUUUAGCCAGAGAUCAUCCCUUAUUUCCCAUCAGAGAAUCCAUACUGGAGAAAAACCCUUUGAGUGUAAUGAAUGUGGGAAAAACUUUAGCCAAAGAUCAUCACUCACUUCUCAUCUGAGCAUUCAUACUGGAAAAAAAGCCUUCGCUUGCAAUGAAUGUGGGAGAGCCUUCUAUGAUAGAUCUCAGCUCAUUUUACACCAGAGAAUUCACACUGGAGAGAAAACUUUUUUGUGUAAUGAAUGCGGGAAAGCCUUCUACAGAAGAUCACAACUUACUGAACACCAGAGAAUCCAUACUGGUGAGAAACCCUUUGAGUGUAUUGAAUGUGGAAAAAAUUUCACUGUGAGAUCAUCACUUAUUCAGCACCAGAGAAUUCACACUGGAGAGAAACCCUUUGAGUGCACUGAAUGUGGGAAAGCCUUCUAUAACAAAUCUCACUUUACUGAACAUCAGAGAAUUCAUACUGGAGAGAAACCUUUUGAGUGUGCAGAAUGUGGGAAAAACUUCAGCCUGAGAUCAUCACUUAUUUCACAUCAGAGAAUUCAUACUGGAGAGAAACCCUUUGAGUGUAAUGAAUGUGGAAAGAACUUCAACCAGAGGUCAUCACUUAUUAAACACCAGAGAACCCAUACUGGGGAGAAACCCUUUGAAUGUACCGAUUGUUGGAAAAACUUCAGCUGGAAGUCAUCCCUUAUUUCACAUCAAAGAAUUCAUACAGGAGAGAAACCCUUUGAGUGUAAUGAAUGUGGGAAAGCCUACUACAACAGAUCUCAGCUUACUGUACAUCAGAGAACUCAUACUAGAAGAAAAUCUUUUGAGUGUACAGAAUGUGGGAAAAACUUCAGUGAGAGGUCAUCAUUUAUUAAACAUCAGAAAAUUCAUACAGGAGAGAAACAUUUUGAGUACCAUGAAUUUGGAAACUCUGUCAUUUAUUGUACAUCAGAUAAUUCAUUCUGGACAGGAACCCUUUGAGGAUAAUUAAUGGGAAAUAUUUCACUACAAAUCUCAGCUUAAUGAACAUCAGAAAAUUCAGAAAAAUGUGCUGGAGAGAAACCCAUUAGAUAUGGAGAAAAGCUUCACCUGAAAGGACCACUUUACUGACCAUCAGAAUUCACAUUUGAGAGAAACCCUUUGAGUGUCAUGAAUUUGGAAAAUUUUUGCUGGAGAUCAUCACUCAUCAAACAUGAGAAUUCAUACGGGGGAGAAUGCCAAGAAGGCAACUAGGUGGUCCAGUAAAUAAGAGUUCUGUCCUUGGAGUCAGGAAGAUUUGAGUUUAAAUUUUGUCUCAGAGAUUUCCUAGCUAUGUGACACUGUGCAAAUUACUUAACCUCUCUCAGACUCAGUUUCCUCAUCUAUAAAAUGGGGGAUUUGGACUUAGUGGCCUCUGAGGUCCCUUCCAACUCUAAAUCUGUGAUCCUGUGAGAAAAUACUACUUAUGUAAUGAAUGUAGGAAAGCUUUUCUAGAAUGAAGAAAACUUACUGAACAGAAUUCAUGCUGGAGGUUAAGCCUUUGACCAGAAUGAAAUAUGCGAUACCCUUCAGAUAUGCCUCAUGCUUGACUAUAUUAGAGAGCUCUUAUUUAAGAAAAAAAUACAUUAAAACAAUGAAUAUGGAAUCUUCAGCCAGAAAGGACUGCUGAUAAACUCCAUAAAUGCAAUUAAAUAUGAGAAAGCCUUUAGCACCAGUUGAACACUUUCAGAGAAAGGGUCAGAGAAUUAAUACAGAAUAAAAAGAUUAUGCAAUAAAAAACCCACUUUAUUGUAAUGUAGAAGAUAAGUCAGUGAAUGGCUUUAUUUCAUACCUUGUUAUGUGCAGUAGCAGCAGGUAACUGGCAGAAAACACAUAAACAUGCUGAGCUCACAACCGAUCAGCCCCUGGCCUUGGGGGUGAGUUGUGAUGUUUUGGGGAGGGGAUGCAAAGACAUUCAAAUCUACUCCAAGGGGCCCUCUGUCUUUUGGUUGGCUUUGGAGAAGAACUGAGGGGUGGGAAAGCUCCCCACAGGGAUUAGUCAUGACUGCCCAUUUUCACUUGAAAUAGACCCACAGUCUAAAGCAACAUUACACAUGGCUAGAAAUGAAUAAUAUGGUCUCCCUCCCCUUCCCUCUGCCACCACAAUUCAAUAACCAUGGCAGUGUGUAGUGAAUAGUGUGCUGGACUUGGAGUCAGGAAGACCUGGGUUCAAAUCCUGCCACAGAAACUUCUGAGUUGUAUAACUGGAUGAAAGUCACUCCCUGUCUCUGAGCCCAAGUAAGUGAGUGGCCUGAACUCAAGGACUUCUUAUGUACCUUCUGCCUUGAAAUCUAUGAUGUUCAUGGAUUCCUAUUGGAGGUGAACUAUAGAGAUCUAAUAAUGAUGGAAAAGCAUCACAGCAACCUGCCAUUUGUUCAAUGCUGGCAAGUCAAGGUUGCUGAGUUAUUAGCCAUAAGAUUUUGUGGUGUUUGGGGAGAAAAGUAAUGGCAUCUUCCUUUGAGCCACCUCACUACGAUAUAUUGACUGUCUUCACAUAGUAGUAGAUCACAUAGGGCUGCUGGUGUGAUCUCUGCAGAAUCAAUAGCAAUUAAACUACUAUUUUAAAAAUCUUGGUUUUUAAAAACAAGUUGAAGUAUUCAGAUAUAUGUAUAUAAGUGCAUUCACACUUUACAGUAAGUUUUACUGAUGCCUUCUGUUUUUCCAUCAUAGUCAUUUCUGGACAGAGCUCUUUCCCCACUCCACAGCCUUCUCCUAAAAGUCUGACCUGAGAAGUUGAUAAGGAUCUGACAAAUCUACAGCAAUGUGAGCCAUUCUGCAGUAGGGAAAUUAUCAAAUUAUGUGAAUGGGCAGUUUUCAAAUGGGGAAACAAUAUAUUGAAAGAAUUCAAGUGAAUGCAUCAGAUUUCCUAACGGUGUCAAACUGAGAAACUGAUCUCUGCCAGCCUGCAUAUUGCCUCCGAGAACCACAAGUUGACAUUAUCUCUAUUGCAUUAUAUUUUUAUUUGUUUUGUUAAACAUUUCCCAGUUACAUUUUUAUCUGGUUCUCCACACUUCUGGGCUGUUUGAUGCUUUCUGACCAGAAGGCAAAUUUCACAAGUUUGCCCUACAAUAUCCAUGAAAUUGGCAAAAUAUACUGAAAAGUUACAAAAUUAAGUACUGGCAUGGCUGUGGCAAAACAGGCAUGUUGUUAACAUAGCUUAUAGAGUGAUGGGUUGUUUGAAUGACAAUAUUACCAAAAAAUUCUUUGUAAUAAAACUGUUGGAGUGUUUUCUA